AUGCCAAAAAGCAGUCCAAUACCGCGAUUGCGGGUCAAGACGGGUUGCCAGACCUGUAGGAGGCGCAAAAAGAAGUGCGACGAAGGCCGCCCAAUAUGUCGACGUUGUGCUGUACUCGGCUGGAAUUGCGAAUGGCCAACCUCUGAAGAUUUGGUCGACCGCCGAUGUAUGACCGCCCAGAAGUUGGAAAUCGAUUCUAAGCACAUUGCUACCUCCAAAGAAAUCUUGGAAAAGCAGCAAUACCUGGACGAUACACAACUUUGUUUGACCUCGGCAUCAAUUGCUCAGCGGGCGGCCUCCCAGCAUAUCAAGCCCAUCGUUUCCAAGCAUUUUGCCGACAAGUACUACAAUCUAAUUCUACUACCCAACUGCUCGUCCGAGUUCUACUGGAGUAUGUUUAAUGAACUGGAGCACGUCCUGCCCGGCUGCCGUAGCCUGCAGUAUACUAUCCUGGCAAAUGCGGCCUCCCACAUUCACUCAAUCAUCAAAUCGGCGCGAAUGCAAGAGCUAGCGCUUACCUACUAUUCUCAAGCCUUGCGAAGUAUGCAAGAGCUUCUGGAUACAAAUCCGCGUUUGGAAAAUCACAAUGGAUUGCUACUCUCGGUUAUCCUACUGUACACUCUCGGAUCUACUGGCCAAGAGACUCACAAGGAUACACCACGCCAUAUCAACGCAGCCGUGAAGAUUGUAGCUCUACGCCACUUCAACAUCCCGGCUGCUAUCAGCUCGCCAUUUGAUCGACUUGUUUUGGAAAGUGUGCUGCUCUCGAUGUUUUUGACAAGCAUGGGUCUAUGGUCCGAAGAGUUCAACACCAAUGGUACAUUCGACCUUGCCUUCUGGCUAGCCGCUGAACGCUUGCUGGCACAAGAGAGCAAACCUUUAACUGUAAAAGCGGGCAUCAACGCUCCAGUUCUGGGUGUCCCCGUGGCUUUGUUGAAACUUCUCCUCCUCGUCAGACAGAUAAGACCACAGCGAGAACUCGCCGACCAGGCCAAAUUGAGAGACUUGAAGCUUGAAAUCUCCCAGUGGGAAGCCCAUCUCAUUGGGCAGUCGCUUGAUUCCCGAUUUCCUCCAAAAGGAGAAAUUACAGUUGGACCCCCAAAUACUCGGAUCGUCCAAGACUCUUCCACUCUGUUCAUCAUCGUUGCAUCCAUCCUCAUGGAACAAAUCUUAGUAGGUGACGCCAAUGAUACUUGUCCUUCGACACGUGAUCAAGACUGCUGGAGAAAGCGUUAUGCCAUGUCAAUACUUCGGACGUAUCAGCAUGACGAAACCUGGUCCCGCUUUUUCACUACGACCAUGGCAGUCUACACUCUUGGGUUUUUUGUAAGUCACAGCAGAGAAAUUGAUCUUGUUCGGAAAGAUCUGCAGAGCAGGUGGGAUGUCACGAAUUUCGGCCAUAUCAUACGAUAUCGCCGCGAUUUAGAUGCUGUCUGGGCCAAACGAGGCUUCGUCGAGGUCGAUCAAAACCCCAAUUAG